AUUUUACCGUUUCGAUAUCGAUUGGUCGAAAGGACGACAAACGUGCGACAAACACUCGACAUGUCCGACAUCGUUUUUUCCAUCGAUUUUUUGAGCGAUCGACAUUUUUAGUCGAUGCUCCUUUGACAGUUGUAACCAGAGUGUCGAUCUUGUUCUGACGUGAUAGAGAAAAUUGGUGGUGCAGCUGGAAUAAAAUGUUUUCUCCGUUUUUUUAAUGUUUUUCUGGUUUAUUUUCGCGCUCGCGUGUCGUAUCGUUUAUCUUUUGCUUUCGGAAAGUGUUUUGUUGUGUUGGAAAAGCGGCUUGAUAUCGAAUAAUUUCAUUAUAAACAGAUGAAACUGCAUCGGGCAAUCAACAGCUUACAAGUAUAGAUUAUAAUCCGGCAAUUAUACUCCUACAGCAAAUCUUUUGUGUUGUUUAUAUAACAAAUUGCUGGUUGCUACGUACAUGAAAAAUGUGUGGCUGGUGCUCAAAAGAAGACCUGUUUUUGGAAAUCCCAGAUAAUGUCGGACGAAUAUGUGUACGAAUAUAGCCAAGAAGAACCCCGUGAGGAAAACACAUCAACUCCACGGCCAAAACCCACAAAAACAAAACAACCGACAGUAAUUUUUGGAAACCCAUCAAAAAUAAACUUUGAGCGAAUUAAAUUAAUUAACAAAAAUACGAAAGUACAGCAGACUAAUCAUCAGAAUAUUCUACAGUCUAUUCCCAAGGGAAUAACGAUUAAAAAAUCACCAGCUGUUCAGAGCAGUUCCGCCAUCGUUCAGAGUUCAAUUUUACCACAACCCGCCAUCGUUCACAGUUCAAUUUUACACCAAACAGUUAAAACACCGACACUCACAAAACCCAAAAUUUACUCGUUUCAAAAAGCUUCAGCCUCAACCUCAACUCCGGCUGUUAAAUCUAUUACUAGUAUUCCUAAAAUCACAAUUACUCCAAGUUUACAAUCCUCUCAAGCAAACAAAACUGAAACUGUAAAACGGAUAAAAAUUUCUACAAGUCCAAACACAACACCAGCUUCCAAUUCCGAAUCAAACCUCAACCAACAUGUUUCACUAAGCUCAUUAUCUUCACCACCAGAGCAAGAUACCUCAAUCAAACCGAGUACCUCUAAGCCGUCAGGUAUUCCCAAAUCUACUGAUGCAACUUCUCAUGCCGAAUCAACCACAAAUGAAACAUUGAGCUCAGCUCUGGCAGAACAAGAUGACACAAGCUUUCGGUCUAUGGUAAUAAAACGAUUUGACGAUGUUGAUAAGUCGCUUCAUUUAAGCAAUUCCCUGGCCGUCAGCAAUAAAAGGUUGUUGGAGGAUAUCAAAAACUAUAUUGCGAAAAUUCCUAGUACUGACUUUUCUGGUGAUAUUACCAAUGUCCAGUUUCCGUUGAUUAAUGACGACGCCCUGCUACAACUGGAAGAAAUGUCCAAAACUACUGAGGGAAAGAAAAUAAUUUGGAAUCGAUUCAUGAAAGAAGGAAAUAGCAUGGCCGACUGUGCAAGAAAAACAAUCUAUAACUUGUUUCGGAAUGUAUCUAAACACACCUGGACAGGCAAGUCAUCCCACAACGCCUCUGACCAAGGAGAUCGCAUCGAGGCGAAUGCAUAUAACUUAGUUGUUAUUCUGGAAGAUGUUAUUUUAAAAAGAUUUGGCGUUACGCGAGAAACAGCAAACACUGCCAUUAAACAUGAGUUCAAAAAAUUUAAUCAAGCUGUUGCUCUUAACCUUAAGCGAAAAAAGGAAAAAGAAGCAUCUGCCAACGCUGGUACCAGGUACGAGGCAGAAAACGAUGGUCAAAUGUCAAGUGCGAGUGAUGACGAACAAGUGUAGGAUUGAUUGUUAAUAAUUUUAAAAAUUGACUUUAUUUUAAAAGCCACGAGUUGUUACAGACAAUGUUUCUAAGAAAUCAGUCAUGCGAACGUCAAGUUUAUAAGCUCGACCUCGCUUUCAGAACCUGCAAAGGGCGGCGUUUCAAUUCCGCCUCCAAACGAGCGUUCAGCAAACAGGCAGGCCUGGCUAGCGCUCAACUCCACCAUCGAAUGCACGAGGUGCUGUUCCUCGGAGGUCAUGGCUUUCAAAUACGCCGGUGCAGAACCUGCUGGAAUGACCACCGUAGAACCGGCAAGCCUGGCGCUCAUCACCGCCAUCGAACGCAAGUGGUGCAGCUCCCCAGAGGUCAGGAGACAAACCUGGCGUUCACGCCGGUGCAGAACCUGCUGGACCAAUCAGCGUACAUGAUUAUUCGGUGUUAAAUUACGCCAAACUGACGCGCGCUGAAGGUCGGAACGACCACCGUAGAACCGGCAGGCCUGGCGCUCAACUCCACCAUCGAAUGCACGAGGUGCUGUUCCUCGGAGGUCAUGGCUUUCAAAUACGCCGGUGCAGAACCUGCUGGAAUGACCACCGUAGAACCGGCAAGCCUGGCGCUCAUCACCGCCAUCGAACGCAAGUGGUGCAGCUCACCAGAGGUCAGGAGACAAACCUGGCGUUCACGCCGGUGCAGAACCUGCUGGACCAAUCAGCGUACAUGAUUAUUCGGUGUUAAAUUACGCCAAACUGACGCGCGCUGAAGGUCGGAACGACCACCGUAGAACCGGCAGGCCUGGCGCUCAACUCCACCAUCGAAUGCACGAGGUGCUGUUCCUCGGAGGUCAUGGCUUUCAAAUACGCCGGUGCAGAACCUGCUGGAAUGACCACCGUAGAACCGGCAAGCCUGGCGCUCAUCACCGCCAUCGAACGCAAGUGGUGCAGCUCCCCAGAGGUCAGGAGACAAACCUGGCGUUCACGCCGGUGCAGAACCUGCUGGACCAAUCAGCGUACAUGAUUAUUCGGUGUUAAAUUACGCCAAACUGACGCGCGCUGAAGGUCGGAACGACCACCGUAGAACCGGCAGGCCUGGCGCUCAACUCCACCAUCGAAUGCACGAGGUGCUGUUCCUCGGAGGUCAUGGCUUUCAAAUACGCCGGUGCAGAACCUGCUGGAAUGACCACCGUAGAACCGGCAAGCCUGGCGCUCAUCACCGCCAUCGAACGCAAGUGGUGCAGCUCCCCAGAGGUCAGGAGACAAACCUGGCGUUCACGCCGGUGCAGAACCUGCUGGACCAAUCAGCGUACAUGAUUAUUCGGUGUUAAAUUACGCCAAACUGACGCGCGCUGAAGGUCGGAACGACCACCGUAGAACCGGCAGGCCUGGCGCUCAACUCCACCAUCGAAUGCACGAGGUGCUGUUCCUCGGAGGUCAUGGCUUUCAAAUACGCCGGUGCAGAACCUGCUGGAAUGACCACCGUAGAACCGGCAAGCCUGGCGCUCAUCACCGCCAUCGAACGCAAGUGGUGCAGCUCCCCAGAGGUCAGGAGACAAACCUGGCGUUCACGCCGGUGCAGAACCUGCUGGAAUGACCACCGUAGAACCGGCAAGCCUGGCGCUCAUCACCGCCAUCGAACGCAAGUGGUGCAGCUCCCCAGAGGUCAGGAGACAAACCUGGCGUUCACGCCGGUGCAGAACCUGCUGGACCAAUCAGCGUACAUGAUUAUUCGGUGUUAAAUUACGCCAAACUGACGCGCGCUGAAGGUCGGAACGACCACCGUAGAACCGGCAGGCCUGGCGCUCAACUCCACCAUCGAAUGCACGAGGUGCUGUUCCUCGGAGGUCAUGGCUUUCAAAUACGCCGGUGCAGAACCUGCUGGAAUGACCACCGUAGAACCGGCAAGCCUGGCGCUCAUCACCGCCAUCGAACGCAAGUGGUGCAGCUCCCCAGAGGUCAGGAGACAAACCUGGCGUUCACGCCGGUGCAGAACCUGCUGGACCAAUCAGCGUACAUGAUUAUUCGGUGUUAAAUUACGCCAAACUGACGCGCGCUGAAGGUCGGAACGACCACCGUAGAACCGGCAGGCCUGGCGCUCAACUCCACCAUCGAAUGCACGAGGUGCUGUUCCUCGGAGGUCAUGGCUUUCAAAUACGCCGGUGCAGAACCUGCUAGAAUGACCAUCGAGACUCGGCAAGCCUGGCGCUCAUCACCGCCAUCGAACGCAAGUGGUGCAGCUCCCCAGAGGAUGGCCUGGCGUCAUCGAACAUCCCGAAAGCAUGCGGUGCAGUCCCCUUCCUCCCAGAGAUCAGCUGACAUUCAUCACCGCCGGACAAACAGAAAGAAAGGAAAUCAGACUUGAAAACGCAUUUUUACGUUGCCAGAUAAUAUUAG